AGAAAGAGAGUAAGAGACGAUUUUUUGUUUCUUUAAUUUUUUGGAAUUAGUAAGCAAUGGAGGCUGGGUGAGCUUCUUGGGGCUUUGACCAGACCCGCUUCUCUUCAACCAUGGCUCCUUCUACCCCUCUCACCCCAUUUAUACAUUUUCAGACUUCUUCCCUUUUCAUUUUUGAAAGCUGCCUUCCCUGACUUUCUCUCUCAACUGGGUUUUCUUCCAUUUCCAUUUCUACUCUCUCAUUUUCUUUCUCUUUGGACUUUCCCCCCUUCUCUUUCUCUCUCUCCCAAUCUUCUCAUUCACCCGAUUCAUCACUCUAUAUCGCUUUAAGAUCAUCCUCUCUUCAUGCCCUUUUGUUUUCAUCGGUGUUUGUUUCACUUACCGGCGGAUUUUUAAUCUUGGUUUCUUUUAGAUCCGUCUACGCCUGCCAAUUUUGAAUGGCUAUAGUGGAUGGGUUGGAGCUUUAAAAUUGGUCGAGAUAUGUUUUGUGGUAAUUGGGUCCAUCAGGGGUUUUCCGUUUUGCGGUUUAGAUUGUCAAUGUUUGCAGAAGUUCAGUUUGGAAAAGGUCAACUUCAUAAAAAUUAAUCGAGGCAGGAUUUCUGUGUGGAUAUUUAGUUUUCUGCUUCAGUAAGGACUUGCCACAUCUCUUAAGAUAAAGAGGCAAAUAUUCGCCUUUGUAUGGAAAUUGUGGACGCAGGAGAAAUAUAAAUUUGUUUUCGUAUACAAUGGGUGGAGUUUGUUCGAGAACAAGAAGAACCACUUCAGAUGAUAUUGGUGGCCAUUCUGGUGAAGGGGGUCUCACCAAUGCUAAUGGUCAUUCUAACAAUGAGUCGGGGAUGGUUUAUCAGUCUCGUGGACUGCCCUCGAAAAUUACUGACUCCACGCUACCUGCUGUUGAUGAUAAUAAGUCGUUGCGAGAACCAUUUUCGUUCCCAGAGGUUAAUGUGGUUCCAUAUGGACUGGAUGAUAUCAAUGAUGGAAUUCCUCGCUUAUCUAGAACAUUAUCUCAGAAAUCUAGAUCAACCAAGUCCAGACAGGCUGUUGCGAAGGUUUCAGAAAUGAGCUCUCUUAUAGGCAGAGCAGGUACUGUUGGGCUUGGAAAGGCUGUCGAUGUUUUGGAUACACUUGGUAGUAGUGUGACUAGCUUAAACCUUGGUGGUGGUUUCACCUCGGGGGUGGCAACAAAGGGGAACAAAAUUUCAAUCUUAGCUUUUGAAGUUGCCAACACCAUUGUGAAAGGGUCUAGUCUAAUGCAAUCCCUUUCAAAACGUAACAUCAGAGUUUUAAAGGAGGAAGUGCUUCCAUCAGAAGGGGUCCAAAAUUUAAUAUCAAGAGACAUGGAUGAACUCUUGAGAAUUGCUGCAGCAGACAAGAGAGAAGAACUGAAAGUUUUCACUUGUGAAGUGAUUCGCUUUGGCAAUCGAUGCAAAGAUCCUCAGUGGCACCAAUUGCACCGCUAUUUCGAAAAGUUUGGUUCAGAAGUUACACAACAAAAGCAAUUGAAGGAUGAUGCUAAUGCAGUAAUGCAGCAGAUGAUGACAUAUGUACACUACACAGCAGAACUUUAUCAUGAGUUACAAGCCUUAGACAGAUUUGAACAAGAUUACCGGCGGAAGCUUCAAGAAGAGGAUAACUCCAACACCGCUCAGAGAGGAGAUAGCAUUUCAAUCUUGAAGGCCGAGUUAAAGAACCAAAAGAAGCAUGUCCGGAGUUUGAAGAAGAGAUCCCUCUGGGCCAAGAUACUGGAAGAGGUGAUGGAACAACUUGUGGACAUAGUGCAUUACUUACACUUGGAGAUUCGUGAAGCCUUUGGUAGUGCUGAUGAUGAUAAACCAGCCAAAGGUUCUCAGAGCAACCACAAAAAGUUGGGGACUGCUGGUCUCGCUUUGCAUUAUGCAAAUAUUAUUAGUCAAAUUGAUACACUUGUAUCUCGAUCAAGUUCUGUACCUCCUAAUACGAGGGAUGCUUUAUAUCAAGGACUACCUCCCAGUAUAAAGUCAGCAUUACGCUCAAAACUACAGUUAUUUCAGCCCAAGGAAGAGCUUACAAUUCCUCAAAUCAAAGCCGAGAUGGAGAAAACCUUACAUUGGCUUGUUCCCAUUGCCAACAACACUACCAAGGCUCAUCAUGGAUUUGGUUGGGUUGGUGAAUGGGCAAAUACAGGGGCUGAAGCCAACCGAAAACCUUCUGGCCAGAGUGAGUUACUAAGGAUCGAGACACUCUAUCAUGCAGAUAAAGAAAAGACCGAAUCUUACAUUCUUGAGUUGGUGGUAUGGCUUCACCAUCUAAUCAGCCAAGCUAGAGCUUGUAAUACUGGAAUAAGGUCUCCUGUCAAAUCCCCAAUUAGAUCCCCAAAUCAGCGGACGAUUCAGUUAUCGAACCAGAAACCAAGUUCACGAUCUCCGACGUUGACUGUAGAAGACCAGGAGAUGCUUCGAUAUGUGAGUAAAAGGAAACUUACUCCAGGAAUAAGCAAGAGUCAGGAAUUUGAUUCAGCAAAAACCAGGUUAAGCAAGCACCAUAGGCUAAGUAAAAGCAGCAACCAUUCCCCAACCAAUGAAAACAAAAAGGAUCCCUUCCCCCUUCGAAGGCCAAACUCCGUCCCAGUUAUUGAUUUUGAUAUUGACCGCAUGAAAGCUUUGGAUGUCAUCGAUAGAGUCGACAAUAUCCGAAGCUUUUCAUAAUCAUCCUGGAUUGAAGUUCAAGAAAAACAAUCACUGCUAGUGUAUGCAUAAGGUAUAACAUGCCAUUUUCCAAUUUGAUUCGUGUGCUUGGUAGUGUUUAUGGGUGAAGGAGAAGAAGAUUGUUGUUAUGAGAUGAAUGGAAGGAAAAUUUUUAAGGGUUUGUUCUUUUUGGAUGUGAAAAUAUAUAAGGGUAAUAGCAUGUUAAUGUCAGAGGACAGCUUUAAAAUAGUUGUAGAAAUUGUGAGAGGUUUCAGAUAAUAGUUUAUUUUCAGUUCUGUGUAUAGAAAUACUUUUAUUAUUUCAUAAUAAUUGAAAGGUAUUUAUGGAUUCUUUUA